CUCUCUCUCAUAUAUAUUAACAAAUUUUCGGAUCUUUUGUGUUGCAAUUCAGUUUUGGAGGAAGAAAAGUUUGUCUACAAUGUUGUCAAACAUAUCUUCCACAACUAUGCAGAGUUGGAGAGAACGUCCUCCUUCUUCCUAUUCCAUCAAAUUCCAGAACCUCUCUCAACUCCAAAGCUCAACCCUUCACUCAGAUGGCAAAUACCAAUCUCGACUUUUCUCCUCUGGUGAUUACCAGUGGUAUGUUCCAUAUAGAUGUUUUAUCUACCUCAAUAUCAUUCAUCAUAUAUCAUCAGAAUAAUUAAUCUUUAUUUAUUGUUUUAUAUGAUAUAUCAUCUUUCCUUGUGCAUAAAUAUUUUUCAGGAGAAUGAUCAUAUACCCAAAAGGAAACGACAAGGACAAUGGGAGUGGAUUUAUUUCAAUCUAUGUUGAAAUAGAUAGUACAAGCCUCAAGGCUACACCACCAACUGAGAUUUAUGCAGAUAUCCGAUUUUUCGUCUUUAACAAAAAAGAAAAUAAGUACCUUACAAUCCAAGAUGUGGAUUCGAAGCCGUUCAAUACAUUAAAAACGAUGGGGGGAUUACCGCAAGUGCUUGCGCUUGAUACAUUCAACGACCAUAAAAACGGAUACCUCUUUGAUGGAGAUCAUUGUGAGUUUGGUGUUGAUAUUAUUGUUGUUCCACCUCCAACCAAAUGGGAAAUGCUCUCUUUUGUGAAACUUCCUUAUCCUAAGUUCUCUUGGACUAUUAAUAAUUUCUCUAAGAUAAAGGAGAAUCCUCACACAUCAGACAGCUUUUCAAAGGGAGGAAAAAAAUGGGUUCUCAAGGUGUAUCCCAAGGGCUACUCUACACCAGAUAGUAAAUGGUUAUCCAUUUAUCUGUAUUUAGCUGAUGGUGAAAUUUUAAAGAACGAUGAAAAAAUUUACGUGCAAGCACAUGUGAAAGUUGAAGACCCACGUGGAUCCAAUCACUUAACAUGCAAGCUUAACUGGUGGUUCAAUAGACCAAGCCAAAGUUGUGGUUGGGAUCACUUCGUGUCUACAGCUGAACUUCGAAAGUCUUACUUGGACAAGAAAGAUACUUUGAAUGUUGAGGUCGAAUUUAAAGUUGUUUCUGCGACCAACUAUUCUUAAUUCCUUUACCUAACCCCCAAAAGUCAUAGAUUUUGUUUACAAUUUUUAAAUUUUUAUAACUUUU